UUGCGAAGUUAAAUUUUAUGAUAUCGUCAUGGAUUUUCCCAAUUUUCUUUAAUAUUUAUCUUCCCCUGCUUAUUUCAAUUCGUCGACCGGUCCAAAAAGUCCUCGUCUGGUGAACAAACCAGCAAGAUGGCGGAUGAGAUUGCUUUUUGUGAAGAUUUCCAGUCGUCGUUGUCUGAUCUGACCGUCAACAGCAAGCCGUUGAUCAACAUGCUGACGAUGCUGGCCGAAGAAAAUGUUGCAUAUGCUCCACAAGUGGCAAGGCUAAUCGAAGCAAGAUUAAACAAGGCUAAACCGACGGAAAAGUUGCCAGUUUUAUACCUGCUCGAUUCUAUAUUGAAAAAUGUAGGCGGAACAUAUCAACCUCUCAUUGCACACAACAUUGUCGCCACUUUUUGUGGAGUGUUUGAAAAGGUUGAUGAGAAAACCAGGCAAGCUAUGUUUAAAUUAAGAACCACAUGGAGUGACUAUUUCCCAAGCAAACUCCAUGCUUUAGAUGUAGGUGUCAAUUCCAUUGAUCCAGCUUGGCCAAUUAUGGCUGCACCUCCGCCGUCUCCAGCAACUAUCCAUAUCAAUCCAUCGUUUAUUAAAAAGACCACUACGCCACCACCCCAACCUGCAAUGCCCAAGCCUGUGGUGUCUAAACCAGUGAUGCCCAAACCAGCAAAUGAGGACAGUAUGCAGAUUGAACAAGAAAACCAAGAAGCCCUUAUGAGACAACAGUUGAUAGGAAAACAACAAGAAUUACUACAGCUCCAGCAAAAGAAACUAGAAAUGGAGCUGCUACAAACUAAGAAUAAAAUAACUGCUCAGACCCAAGAGUUAGAACAGAAGAAACUUGAACUCCAGCAGCAGGCGCUAAAGACACAGCAAUUCAAACAGAAACAGCUGGAACAAGAAUUGCUGGCACAUGCAAAACAACAGAAACUUCACAUGGAACAGAUUAAAUUAAGACAGCAAUACAACAACCAGUCAAAGACAGAAGAGGUAUCUGCACCUACAAGUAACUCAAGGGAUCCCAGAAUGGUGAGCCGUGAUCCCAGGAGAGGAAGGGCACCUGGAGCUCAGGUGAAGGUACCAUCUCUUCAGGAAUUCACACAAGAUACAUUCGUAGAUUCACCCGAGCACUCGCCAAUAAUGGAAACAUCAGUCGCUGAAAAAACAAAAAACAAAAAAGUGGAGGAUAAAAAACACUCACAAAAAGAAGAAACUGUUAAGCCGUCAAGAAAUUAUCGUAAAUCAGACAAACCUGAACGCGAUACCAAACGUGAUAAUAGAGACAAUAAGAAAAAAGUUGAACCGAAACAAAAUAAAGCUGAUGAGAGUCGAAGGAAUGAUAAGCGAGAUGAUAGAAGUGACAAAGACAGAAAAUCAAUUCCGAAAAAUAGGAACAAUGAUAUUAAAGAUGUUACCAAAAAUGGAAAAAGAGAGAAAAGAAAAAAUUUUGUCGGAAAGAUUGAUAAAAAAGAAGCUGAUAGAGGAGAACCCUGGAACCAACUUGCCCCAGAACAAAAAAAAUCACGGUCAAGGUCAAGAUCACCUAUCAGAAAUAGAUCCAAGUCUCCAAGAUCUUCUGGUAGCUCUCCAAAAUUAGAAGAUGGUGCUAGGAGAAAUAGCAGAGACAGGUCGAGAGACAGAUCUCCUAUUCGAGGUAGAGGAAGAGGUAGAGGUAGAGGUAGAGGGGGUAGGAGAAACAGUAGGGAGAGAAAAGACCGAGAUGAGAGACAGAGGCCAAGAGAUAUUAUUAAGGAAAAUGCUGGUGCUAAUAGUGAAGAAAACAAAGCGUUGAGCAAUGUUGGAAGAAGAGGGGAGCGAUAUGCAGGUGAUGAUAGAUUUCCCAGAAGGCAGUCUGAUUAUACUGAAAACUUACCACCAAAGAAAAAGCAAAGGAUGGGGCCACAGUUUCCUCAAGGGAAUUAUUGGGGAAGAAAUGCACCUGGAAUGGAUCGACAAAGACCAAAACUGCCUCCUAUCCCAAAGAAGAGGCCUGAGAGGAGGCGGAGCCUGGAUCCAGCUGUAAAGAUACCCAAAGAACUAACACUGAAAAAACAGAAAGAAAUUCUAGAACAGGCUGAAAGACAAUUGCAUUCAGGACAACUGAGUCAUGAGCAACAUCAAGAACUUUUGAAACAACUGCAUGACUUGUACCAAAUGCAACGAGUAAGGUUGAAUGAGAGGAGUGAUGCAGAGUAUGACUCCACCUGUGAUUGGCCAGCAGACAAGGACUAUGAUGCAAGGAGGGAUCCCCCUAGGGAAUACAACUACCAGGAUAUUGAACAUAGAUCUGAUAGUCUACCUGUUAAAGAUGCUUCUGGAAAUGCACCACAGGAUGUUGAUGAAAGGGUGUUAGAUACUGUGGGAAAAGCAGAUAAUGAUAAUGAGGACGAUGAUUUGUUUGGAGGAAACGGCGCAAAAGGUGACAUUGAUAUGAGGCAGUUAAUACUGCCAGGAGACCCUCCUCGGCAGUCGCAUCCUGGAUCAAGAUCAACUGGAUCAGGGCCAGCUGCUCAGAGUCAAAACUAUCCACCGCCAUUAAUGUCGAUUGAAACUCGUCCUACCAUGAAGCGUGACAAAGAAAAAUCCGCAAUGAAUGAGGAUUCAAUGUUUGGUUCUACUGAUAGGGACAUGAGAAUCAUGGAUGAUCGAGAUCCUGCACCAUUUGGUUUACAGGACAGAGAUAUGAGACAACUACCACCACCAGGGCAAGGACCUUUACGUUUUCCUCAUCCAAUGGAGGGAGGUAGACCUCCUAUGCGCCCAAUAGUGCCUGUCUCUCAACCUGGUGCUCAAGGUAAAAUGCAGCUGAGACCUCGUAGUGGUAAUAUGAUGAUUCCAACAACUUCUGCUGGUGGCAUGCAGCCACAAUUCCUGUUGCCUAAUCAAAUGCCUAUUCAACGUCCAUUAGGUCAAGGUCAAGAACAUCAACCAUUGGGCAUUUCUGGUCCACAGGGGCAACCACAAGUGAGUAUGUCUGAUGCACCUGGACCACAGUUAAUGGGUAUGUCAGGUGGAUCAGGGCAACAACCAAUGGGCAUACCUGGUGGAUCAGGGCAACAAUCAAUGGGCAUCCCUGGUGGACCAGGGCAACAAUCAAUGGGCAUUCCUGGUGGAUCAGGGCAACAACCAUUGGGCAUACCUGGUGGAUCAGGGCAACAACCAAUGGGCAUACCUGGUGGACCAGGGCAACAACCAAUGGGCAUGACAGGUGGACUAGGGCAACAACCAAUGGGCAUGACAGGUGGACUAGGGCAGCAACCAAUGGGCAUACCUGGUGGACCAGGGCAGCAACCAAUAGGUAUGACUGGUGGACAAGGGCAGCAACCAAUAGGCAUGGCUGGUGGACAAGGACAGCAACCAAUGGGCAUGACUCGUGGACUAGGGCAGCAACCAGUGGGCAUGCCGGGUGGACCAGGGCAACAACCAAUGAGUAUUCUUGCUGGACCAGGACAACAACCAUUGGGCAUGGCUGGUGGACCAGGGCAACAACUAAUGGGCAUGACUGGUGGACCAGGGCAACAACCAGUGGGCAUGUCUGGCGGACCAGGGCAACAACCAAUAAGUGGACUGGCACCGCAGGCACUAGGUAUGCUUGCUGGACCAGGGCAACCAGCAAUGGGCAUGGCUGGUGGACCAAUGCAACAACUAAUGGGCAUGCCUGGUGGACCAGGACAGCAACCAAUGGGCUUACAGCAAUUACCACAACCCUUGAUGAAUCAACCCAUGAUGCAAUUGACAGGACCAUUACACCCAGCAGUGAGCAUGACUGGUGGACAAGCACAGCAACCAAUGGGGCGACAACCAAUGCAGGCAUCAUUGAUGCAACAGACUGGACUAUUAAAACAACAAACAGGCACUGCUACUCCUCCAUUACAAGAACAAAUGGCUACACAGGUUGAUGUUAACAGUUUAUUUGCCAAGCUUCUGCAGAGUGGUAUCAUCCCUGGUGGGGGAAAUUCGCCACACACUGAAGCAAAGGGAGUAGAACCCCUGCCGCUUCCAUUGAAUCAACCUGACGUGUCAUCAUCACAAGAAAAGAAAAUGGCAGUUGAAGAAGAAGAAUUUGAAGAUGAUGAAGAAGAAGAGUUUAUUAUUCCGGAAAUAGGAUUUUAUCCGGAAGAACUCCGGGUGCGCUUUCAGGGAGUUAUUAAUAGAAUUUACAGUGGUAUUCAGUGCUCAUCAUGCGGUUUAAGGUUCAUGCCGAUAGAGAUGGACAGGUAUGCAAAGCAUUUAGAUUGGCAUUUCCGGUUGAACCGACGAGAGAAGGAUGGUGCAAAGAAAGCCACAUCAAGAAAAUGGUAUUAUAAAAUUGAUGAAUGGAUAAAGUUUGAAGAAAUUGAUGACUUGGAAGAAGGAGCUCGAAGUGAAUUCUUUGAGCUGCAGGCUAAACUAGGAAUAACUGAUAUCAUCAAAAAAUCACUUCCAUCAAGUAUUCCUGUUACUGGUGAUGAUAGUAACGAUGAGGCAUGUUAUAUUUGUCAAGAGAUGUUUGAACAAUGCUGGGAUGAAGACGAGGAACAGUGGCAGCUGAAAGAUGCGGUCAGAGUAGAUGGCAAGACUUAUCAUCCACUGUGUUAUGAAGAUACAAAAGAUGUGACAUUGAUUCCAGACACUCCAACUCCAAUUGAUGAGCCCUCGCAUCCAGUUUUUCCAAUAACAACAAUUCUGUCAUCUUCUACAUCAGAAUGUCAGUCUGCUAUAAAAGCAGAGGCAUCUGUUACUGUGUCAGCGCCAUCACAGACUGCUCAAAUGAAACAACAGCCAUCCACUACAACAUCACAAACAGUCGCCUCCGUGGCACCAUUUACAGUGGUACCUACGUCCAAUGUGAAAGUUGAAUCGUCAACUGCAGUGCUACAACUAAAUGUUCAGUCAUCUUCCACAUCAACGAAACCUGCUGUGGAUUUAUCUACCACAACACAGCAAGCAACAGUUCAGCCUUCUUCCGCAACAUCAAAUCCCAGCAUUAAGGUGGAAUCCUCAACCACAACAGCGCAAGAAUCGUCAACCACAACAGCGCAACAGACAGUUCAAUCAUCCACAGCAGCGUCACAGCCAUGUGUUAAAGUGGAAUUGUCUACCACUACAUCACAACCAGGCAUUAAAGUGGAAUCAUCAACCACUACAUCACAACCAGGCAUUAAAGUGGAAUCAUCCACCACUACAUCACAACCAGGCAUUAAAGUGGAAUCAUCAACCACUACAUCACAACCAGGCAUUAAGGUGGAAUCAUCCACCACUACAUCGCAACCUAUCAUAAAAGUAGAGUCAACUACAGCCCCACAGUUCGGUGGGAAUGUGGAAUCUUCUACCACGAUAUCCCAGUCGGUGAAGGUGGAGCCAUCGGCAGUUGUACAAGCUACAAGCACUACACAAGAAUCUGCUACAAAACAAGAACAAUAGACCCCAAACCCCACUGGGUAAGCAGUGGUACAGGAAAAUAUGAAAAAUGAA